UGUGUCUGAUUAGGAAAUCCCCAUCUUCUAUAGCGUACAGCACCUUGUGUUUUACGACUUCUUACUCCACCAAAGGAUCACAUGCUGAACUGACAAGCGAGACAGCGUGCAAGAUGGAAGACAACUGCAGGAAUAUGCGUCUGAGAGAGUGGCUGAUUACUCAGAUAGACAGCGGGAAAUAUGCGGGGCUUAGCUGGGAAAACCAGGAAAAAACUAUGUUUAGGAUCCCCUGGAAACACGCUGCCAAGCAAGACUACAACCAGAAUGAAGACGCGGCACUUUUUAAGGCCUGGGCAGUUUACAAGGGGAAGUACCGGGAGGGGAAGGACAAGGUGGACCCCUCCACCUGGAAGACCAGGCUGCGCUGUGCCCUCAAUAAGAGCACCGAUUUCCAGGAGGUGCCCGAGCGCAGUCAGCUGGACAUUUCUGAGCCCUACAAAGUGUACGAGAUCCUGCCUGAGGGUGGCAGGAGGGCAGAGUCUCCAAGCAGCCCUGUCAUCUUUGGCACUGGUCGGACUGCUUCACCCCAUAUAGUGACCCCUAGCCUGCACUCACAGUUCAGUGCCCCAAUGGAGGUGGAGCAGGAAUGGAGAGAAAGGACAGAUGCUGACAGCUUGCAUUACCAGCCUGCUUCCUCUGUGGAGUCACACUCGCUGGUCCAGAGCGCCACUCCUGACAGCGCAAAACAAGUAAAGGGAAAAUUUUAUUCAUGGACAAUGACAGCAGUUGAGGGCUCUGAGACACCUAUUACCUUACAGCCCACAGUGUGCCCUACAUACUCACCGCAGUUCCAGAUAUCAGACUUCCUGUUGCAAGUGCGUCUGUAUUACCAGGGCCAGCUGGUGCAGGAUUUCACUACCAGCACGCCGGAGGGCUGCCGCAUCCUCCAUGGGUCUGUGCCGGUGGAGAACGAGCGCAUCUACGGCCCCACCGCGGUGGAGCUUCUGCACUUCCCCUCCCCUCAGUGCGCCCAGGCCUCCCUGCGGGUCACUGAGGCCAUGGCCCGCCUGCUGCCCCACCUGGAGAGGGGCGUGCUGGUGUGGGUGGCCCCCGACGGGGUCUUCAUCAAGCGCUUCUGCCAGGGCCGCGUGUACUGGGACGGGCCCCUGGCUCAGCACCACAACCUGCCCAACAAGCUGGAGCGCGAGAAGACCUGCAAACUGCUGGACAUGCAAGUCUUCCUACAAGAAGUACAGCAGUACCUACGGGUUGGACGUCCAGUUCCACACUACCAGAUUGAAUUGUGUUUCGGAGAAGAGUUCCCUGACCCAAACCAGAGCAAAGCCAAGAAACUCAUUAUGGCACAAAUUGAGCCCCUGUUUGUCAGAAAGCUGCUUAUGAACAUCCAGAGGACUGGGGUGGAGGCAGGCCAGAGAAUCCAGCCACUGAAGAGCAAAUCGGACAACAUCCAGCAGACUGUCCUCAAACAGGUCCAGCAAUGAGUACUUCCCCCAUAGGAAAACCAGGGGCUGUCCCAUGCAACACAACACUACAGCUCAGAAAAGACCACAGUCGGAUUCUCUCCACAUUCAUAAGGACAGUUACUAAAGAAAGGCCGUCCAGCCCAUUUGGUUGUUUGUAGUUAAUUGAUCCAAGGAUCUUAUUCAACUGUUUCUUGAAAUCAUCUUUAACAUCACGUCUGGGUAGUUUGUUUCAGACUCUUACGAAUUUUAACAGCGAAGAAGUGCCUUGAACUUUAAGCGCACUUCCAUAUAGUUUUCACUUCUGCCUUCUGGUUUGUGUUUCACUGAUUGUUCUGAAGAAGUGUGAUGGGCUGGCCUUGUCAGUACCCUGUGACAAACUGUAGGCUGCAGGAUUCUCUUUAGAGAAGCUAAGGGGCUAAUUUAAAAUGUACAAAUUGGACAGUAGCAUAUGUUCUGUUUAAUGUCAACCAUUUAAGUAAAAACAGUCAAAAUUAAUCAAUACACAGAUUAUUCAAGUCUUAAAAAUGUAAUUUGUAAUGUUUGUCUUAAAGUAUAUUUGUAUAUACUCAUUUAUUGGAAAUGAACAUACAGUGCUUAUUCAGACUGCUUUAGUAGUGUGAGUUUGGCACAGCUGCUAACACAAAGGAUAAAAAAAGCACAUCCAACAAUGAUGCACCAGAUCACUCUUCUAACCUUUCUUAUCUUUGUGGGAAUGAAUUUAAUCUACUUCUUACAUAUAUGUAAACUAAUUUAAGAGUAUUUUUUUAAAGAUCAUUAUUUUUUUAAAGAGAAAUCAUAUGGUAUAUAAUUAUAAAAUUGCUUAAAUCAUUUGCUUAAAGAUUUUUUUGAAAAAAAUGUUUUGAAACUUCAUUUAAAUAUUAUGAAUAUUUGAAACUAUGUUUUGAACAUAAUGUACCAUAAAAUGGGCGAAGAUAAAUUUACUACACUGUGAAUAGCAAUGCAUUGUUAUUGUGUUGGUUAAGGGGAAUCCACCUACAAUGGAAAAUAGAGUACAGAAAAGCAGCUUUGUAAAAACUGUAGAGGUAUUAAUUUUUUAUGACUAAAUACUGGCCUCUUGUGGUACCAAUGAAUUAUUGCAGCUACUGUUUUUGUAAGUUCACAAAUUUGUUUUCGAUUUCUUUAUAGCCUAGGAAAUACUUGUAAUUAAAAAAUCCAUGUUUGUAAGAAAUGACGUUUCUUAGGCAUGUGCAUUUUCAGGUGUUUCUGUUAGCCAUUCAACUAAAAAUAACCUUGAAGCUUAUGCUACUCAAAGUUUUUUAUUCUAAUUUAAUAAUAAUAAUUAGGAAUUUCUUACACUUUCUGGACACUCCACUCAAAGCGCUUUACGUAAACCAAACACUAUGGACUGUGCAUCAGCCUUGGUAAAAAUACCAGGUUUCCACAGUCAUUCAGCUGCUUUGUUUAUUGAGGAGGGAGACUUCAGAUCUGAGAUAGACCACCGCAGCCAUACCAGAAUGCCUUAACCAUAGGGAUAUCCAAACUUUAAUGAACCCAUUGACAUACUUAUCUGAAAAGAAUUGAGGUAGUGGUGUGUAGGAAACAGGGCUUAGGGAGUUGCUUACACUACAGUACAUACACUACAUUGGUAUGGACCUGUAUAUGGUUUUGUUUUGGAAAAUAACAAAAGAUAACAUUGGCAUGUGGCACCUGUAUUAUUCCAAGAAUGGAGCUCACCUUGGCUAUUUGUUUACAGCACAUAAGAGCUGCAAGGAGAAACUUCAGAUUUUUUCCUAAUCUUCUGCAGAUCUUAAUCUCUUCUUGCAGUUCACGGAUUUCAGGUGGCAUUGAAAUCAGUUCAUGGUAAGCAUUUCCAUUUUCAUUCCCUUAUACAUUCCUAUAAGAGUGAAGUCCUUCUGCUCCAGAGCUUGAUUGAAAACUUCUGUUGUUGCACAUUUACCAAAAUAAAGUAAUUAAGUCUUCUUAAAAUGCUGCCAAGACACCUUUUACGACAACUUAAUUAAUGACACCAAA